UAUCGAUUGUCAGAGGGCGGCUCUUUAUCGUCUCUAUCACGAAUGCUGCCGCAGCGUUCUCGCGGGCGUUUGCUCUUGUUGCAUUGGCACUAGAAGCAACUGCAGUUCGGAAUUUGUCGUGGUGUCAGCAGCACGUCCCAGCACCGGGAAACAUGGGAGGAAGGUCGAGUAAACAAGGCUUGGAACGUUUCAGAGCUGACACUGACGACUCCGUGGUUCCCAGGGAGGCUGACCCUGCGACUGGCGUCGUCGACGAACCGCAGCCAGGCACCAUGGACACCCUGCCUAAGGAAUCGUUGUGUCACCUGGCAGUAGGCUCUGCGGUUACCUGCACGUACAACGGCAAGGAGGCCCGGCUCCUCAAGCCCUUCGAUCAGCCCAGUACGCUGGACGGCUACACGUUCAACCUGGCCUGCAAGUUCGAGUCGAAGAAGGGCAAAAUAGAAAGCGUCCGCUUCCUCUUCACCCUGUGCGCCGGAAACGAAGACGAUCUCGCGUCGUGGCCGUUUGCCAAGCAGGUGUCGCUCAGGAUCGUCGACGCGGCGCAACAGGGCAAGGACGUCGGCGUGACCUUCAAGAUGCGCCCCGAAGAGGACGCCGAGUGCUUUAGGAGACCCGUCGCGCAUGCGCCGCAGAAGGGAAUCCUUUCCGAGAAGGUCAGCUGGAAGCAAGUGAACAAGAGGAAGCUCGUUCGCGACGACGUCUUGACUGUGGCAGUGCAGUUUCAGUGAUGUCAUGCUCGUGCUACGUGAUUGUUUUCACGUCAUCUUGGGUUCACGUUGCACUUGUCAACCUUACGCGUAUUAUUAUGAUGGCUGACGUGCUGUUCCUCGUUAUAAGGAACAGCGCCAUCACUUCACCGUGUCGCGGCGUUUUGGACCCAAACGUUGUCGGUGUGGCGCGUUAACUGUGGCGAAUGCAGUUCCAGUGAUGCGUAUACACUCGUGCUGCGAGAUUGUUUUUAUGCUAUUUUGAGUUUUGUUCCAAUUAUCAACCUUGCCUGUAUUUGCCUGACAAUGCUGCGCGUGUGUUUCUUUGUUUUCACGAAGAGGACGAACGAUUCAGCGCAAAGGAAUGUCGUUGGUGUGGCGCGUUGAACAAUAGGAGCUCAGAUAAUGGAGUUUAAUAUAGCCGUGAAGCAUGCUAAUCCCUAACGUGAGUACAUUUGGUGCGUGCGGCGCUUUUACGGUGCCCCCUUAGUACAUAGCGGCCACCCGGGAUUUCAAAUAAUAAAUUUUAGCAUCUUGCGCACGUUUGUUUGCAUUUUUAGAAUACGCGUGGUAGUAACCAGCUUAAUAAAAAUAUCUGCAUCUCUUUCGCAUUCGUGUACGAA